AUGUUUUGGACUGUACUAUUAUCAUUGAUCAUAGUAUUACCAAUCACGGUCUAUUAUUAUUUAAAAUGGAAAUAUUAUACAUUACGACCUGAAAUUUCUGGACUACAACCAGAAUUUAUAUAUGGCAAUCUUCGUCAACUCGGCAUUAUGACAUCGAACAAAGAAGUGAUUGAUUCAUAUGUUCAUAGUUUUGAAAAACUACAAAAGCAAUAUGGAGAUAUAUUUCAAAUUUGGAUCGGUUCAAAUCAUUAUUUUGUAUUCUGUCGUCCUGAACACGCUGAAAUAAUAUAUUCUGAACGCCAUAUAUUCGAUCGUGCCGAUAUGCGUCCAAAAACAUUUGGUUUAAUAGCAGAAAAUUUUCUGAUAACACUUAUUGGUCCAAAAUACAAACGGCAUGCAAAAGUAAUUAUGCCAAUGUUAAGAAAACAUCGAUUUAAAUCACAAAUUUCGAUUAUUAUCGAUUGUGCUGAUCGAUUGAUUCAUGUUUGGAAAGAUAGAUAUUAG